GAAAACUAUAUAUGCUGCUGCUUCAUUCAAAGAAUUCGACAAAGCUCGUGCCACCGAUCAGAGCUGGGUAUUGCUACCUACGACAAUUUCAUCAGACUCUCUAUAAUUGUGAGUCUGAAACUCGACAUACUUCCAGAGAUCGCUCCCUCGACUAUAAGUUAAGAGGAAAGGGACGCAAUUUUGUCGAUUUCGUUCGCGUUGUUGCUCGAGGUGGGGCUGGAGGAGAUGGCUGCGUAUCUUUCCAUAGAGAAAAGUAUGUAGCCAAAGGCCCACCCAAUGGUGGAAAUGGUGGCCGCGGUGGAAGCGUCAUUUUUAAAGCAUCACCAGAUGAAACAACCCUCAAUCAUAUACCGUAUUUAUGUGCAGCAAAACGUGGUGGACCUGGCCAAGGCGCUGCACGGCACGGUUUGUCUGGACAGGACUUGAUUAUUAAAGUUCCUUUGGGGACCAUCAUUCGAGAAGUAGAUCCACCAGCUAGCGCACAAUCACGUAUGGAAGAAAUGGAACAAGAAGAAACAAAGGAGGAGAAGCUUAAAAAGAAAUGGGUACAUUACCCACGAUCGGAAGAAACUACUCUUGCUAAAGGCGAUUUCUUUCGCGAAGCACAAAAACUUAUGGAAGAAGAAGAACGAUAUUUGCGAUGGAAAGACCGCCAGGAAUCACAGCAACGGCUUUUCGUCGAUAUGGAAACGGAAGAUCAAAAUAUCAUUGCCGCUAAAGGCGGUACAGGUGGAUAUGGCAAUCCACAUUUCGUGACAACGGAGAAUCGAUCACCCAAGUUUGCAACUCGCGGCCAUCAAGGACGAGCACGCUAUCUUGAACUGGAACUCAAGACCAUUGCCGAUGCUGGAUUGGUUGGCUUGCCUAAUGCAGGAAAAUCAACCUUCCUAUCGGCUGUUUCCAAUGCACAUCCAAAGAUUGCCUCAUACCCAUUCACCACUCUUAAUCCAUACAUUGGAACCGUAGAUUUUGUGGAUGCUUUUCAAUUGACAGUGGCAGAUAUACCUGGACUGAUUGAAGGAGCACAUAAAAAUAUCGGCCUCGGACACUCAUUUUUACGACACAUUGAGCGUUCUAAAGUUCUAGUAUAUGUGAUCGAUCUCAGUGUCGAAGAACCAUGGAAUGACUUCCGUACUUUGUCCAAGGAACUGGAAGCAUAUUCAGAAGGAUUAACCAAGCGUCCGUCAGUGGUAAUUGCCAACAAGGCAGAUGUUACAGCGGUUGCCAAGAGCAAUUUCGGCAAGUUUGAGAAGAUCAUAAUAGAAGAGUUUGAGAAGAAUGGUGAGACGGUUGCUGUCGUUCCGGUAUCUGCAAAAUACAAAAAGAACAUCGUCAAGGCAACUACUAUCCUUCGUAACAUGGUGGAACAAAAUCAUGCGCGUGAGGCUGUAACUAACGACGAAGAAUUGUGA